AAACAAUACACAAAUAUGCCGUCAACACCUUAUCCGAUUGUACACUGUGAAAAUGCAUAUUUCAUACAGAAUGACAGUGCAACGGCUUUGUUGUUACUGCAUGAGACAUGCCUACGUGGCUUGCAAUUAUUGCGAAUGUUUUGUUUACCCGGUGGCUAUAGAAACCCGGGUUGCUACAGGUAUAUAUGCAGAAGGGUACUGUGGCUGUUGCGCACAUUCCUCGACAAUUUCAGGAUCUGUAUGACCGCUUGCCGUACGUAUAACAGAAUAAUGACUGCGGGAAAAUUGUUAAGUUCAGGAAAUAUUUUGCUUGUGACUGUGUUAGCAGUGAUCUUUAAAUUUGGGGACGCACAAAUUACUGGAUGGACAAAACCUAGUGCUAUUACCGGUGCUAGUGGGACUGCGACUGGAAUUUCAAAAGCUGAAGAUGUAGCGGUCAAUAGUGAAAUAGCAGAAUUCACGGCAACCCCAACUGGAAGCGAUACCAUCUCUAGUUACGAAUUACUGACAACUAACACGCCUUUUGAGAUGUCUGCUGCAAAAUUGAAUUUAAAAUCUGCGCUAAAUUUUGAAAGUGCAUCUAGUUAUGUUAUUAAAGUAAAAGCGACUGACAGUGCGUCAAACGUCGGUACUGCCACUGUGACCAUAACAAUAACAGAUGUUAACGAAGCCGCGCCAGCAUUUGGUAAAACUUCCUACACUGUUUGCGUAGCAGAUGGUUCGGCUGCAGGUACGUCGGUCACAACAUUUUCUGCAACUGAUCAAGACACAGCGAAUACAAUCACCUACUCAGUUAACUCUGGAGACACAAACACCGACUUCAAAGUCUCGACAGCCAAACUUGAGGUCAAUACUGGGAAAACCCUUGCUAUGUCUACAACAGCGAAGUAUACUCUUGUGGUACAUGCCACGGAUAACGGCAGUCCGGCAAAAACCGGAACAUCUACUUACACUGUCAACGUCCAGUCGUCAUGUAACGGGGCGGCAGCUUUGACCGUGACAUUGAUGACACUUUUACUGGCACUCAUAGUCUCUUUAAACUAAUUCUCUAAAGCUUACUUUUAAAAUCUCUUUAAUCUUGCAUGAUUCAUAUCACAGUUGCCUUAUAGUUUUUAAAUAUAUUGAAAGACAUAUGGUUAUUAAAAUAGACAACUAUUUUUACAUAACUUUACACAGUUUUAAAGGUCCAUUAUGCCUCAGAAAUUCUUUUAUUUCUCCAAAGCUUUCUUAUUUUUUGUGUACUUUAAUAGUAUCAAAAUAUUAACUCAUUAGCCAAUAACAUGAACCACCUUUUUCUGGUAAUAAGUACAAUUAUAGUGAAUAAGUAUUUUGUAUGAAAGUCGAAAUACUACUUGGUUUACAUUUUGCUGUUUCUAUGACAAAUUAUUUCACGCUACUUUCUGCAGGUAACAGCAACUAAUAUUCUCUGAAACGGUUGUUUAAACAUUAUGAAAUUCAUGUUUGCCCUUUCUAAAAAGGAAAAAAAAAUGUUUCUGAGGCAUAAUUUGCCCUGUUAAACUUGUUAUUAAAUGGAUUAUCAAACACAAAGCAACUGCAGAUUUAUCUGGACAUUGAUAACUAUUUUAUUGACUAUCACUUAUUAUCAGAAAGAUUGGAACUGCAACAACAAUUCAGUUUAACAUAUCAUUUUAAGUGUAAUAAAAGACAAUUUCGUAAAUUAAUGCUCAAUAAAACAAAAGCUAUCAAAAGCAUAUUCGAAUUUUUGGACACAUUUCUUUAUCAUGACACAUAGCUUAUUCGGAUUACUAGAAGUCUAAAUUAUAACAUUUUAAGUGACAUUAUGUCCAUCUAAGGGUAUAUUUAUGAGUGAACGAGUAAAUGUCAAAUUUCCAUUUUGACAUAAUUUAUUUUAAUAUGAAAAUUCAUUUCACAAUAACAGUAAACAACGCAUGGAUUCAUACAAAAAUUUCGUAAAAAUCCACUAGAAUUUACCUUUAACGUUCAUUUUAUAUUUUUGGCAGAUUUAAAUUUUAUCCUAAACAUUUUCCAAUAUGAACUGUUGGUCAAUCUUCAUUUUAAUAGUCAAUUGUUUGAAAUAUAUAGUCAGUUCAGCUCAACUUCACUAUGAAAAUAUGAGCAUAAUGUCACUUUAAGGUUUCAAUGUCAGCCUGUUUUCCAUUUGUAAAACUCUUUCUUUAUAUAUAUAUACGUAUUUUUAUAAUUUUAUAAGAAAUAUAGUAUGUAAGGUGAGAUGAUUUUUCAUUUAAGGAUGCACACAAGAAACACUACCUAAACUGUUGUUAAAUUUGCUUUUGAAUGUAUUGGCUGAUGUGGAGGUUUAUUAUAUGUAAAAGAGAACACUUUAAAGGAACUCCACUGAGGUCCAAAAUCCACAAAAAAAACCCAUACAAUUUGAAUUUCUUACAUAAAUCAGCUGGGACUCUUAAAACACUCUUAAAACAGUAAUAUAUGCAACUAAUAAUUAUGAAUAUACUAAGAAAUAAAUUGCAACUACUCUUUGCCACUCUUUGUCCGGUUUUAGUGAAAAGUGUUGAAACAAUAAUUUCUAAAAGUUAUUUUUAGUCCGGCCAUUUGUAAAACCCUCAGUGGAGUCCCUUUAAGUAGACAAAUUUCUGCAAAGUUAUAGGUAAUUUGUGUGAAGUGAAAAAAUAAAAUGGAGGCGUGCUGCCUUUCAGAUUGCCUUGAAAGGAAAAUGUAUGGUAGCAUCCGAAGAGUCUACUCCCUUUAAUACUUCGUGUGAUGUGUAUUUUUCAUUGGUGUUAUUGUUUGAACAGUGUAAUGAAAUCAGUUAUGAGAUACAACCAGUAUCGAUGUUUGAUUCAUCUCACUUUUGUUGUUUCGUAAAAAAUGUAUUGUUGUCCUAGAACAAAAGCAAAAUGUACUCAAAAAUAUACACUGAAAGAUUUUUUGAUUAUUUGUUUAAUUAUCAGUAUAACGAAUUUAAUGAUAUAAUCAACACUUUUGUUUCAUAAUUAUUUUCAUUGGGUCAAUGAAAAUGACGUCACCAUAAUGGCUGGUCAGCAUAAUGGAUUUAACUCAAUAAAGGAUUGGAGCAGUACCUCUAGACGCUUGCAAAAAUCAUAACUAGAAAAUAGACAAAUAUCUUUUUUUUUCGCCGAUUUUUACAUUUUUUAUUCAUUAUCGUACAGAAAUCGGUGUGAAAAGAUGAAUUAGACCUUUUAAAGCUCAUUCUGUUGGGUAAAAAGGCAAAUUUAAGCAUUUUAUUCAAGCGCCGUGUCCGGUAUAUAUCGGAAUACGGUAUUUAGUGCGACGCUCCAAUCCUUUCUUUUAAGUCACACUCCAGCUUAAUAGGUAUGUCAUUGCGACGUCAUUAUUGUAUUUUAUUGGAUCUACUGAAUUAUUAAUUCAAUAUCAUGUUAUUAUUACAUAUAUUGGACCUAUUGAAUGUGACGUCAUUAUUACAUAUAUUGGGCCUAUUGAAUGUGACGUCAUUAUUACAUAUAUUGGAUCAAUUCAAUUGGUAUGUCAAUGUGACGUCAUUAUGACACGUAUUGGGUUCAUUGAAUCAGUACGUAAAUGUGACGUCAUAAUAAGUAAAAUUGGUUUAAGGCUAUUAGUUUGACAAUGUGCAUUUUCUAACUUUGCAUUAUCUAUGUAUUCUGGUGAGAAAUAAAAGGAAACAAUACAG